GACUGGAAAAUAAUGUGUCACGCGUCAGAAAUAGUAAGGUUAGGUUCGUCUAACCUCGAAAUGGCUCUGCACAUUACCAAACAACUUCUCACAAUAUGUAAGCCCCAAACGAGACUCUUGUCGGGCUUACCGAAGUUGAAACAAACAGAAGCCCCAUGUGUCAUAAGCUCCAGACGUCCAAGACUCAACCACUAUUUGAACAUGAUUUACCAGAACUUCGACGAAAUCCCUUUGGUUUCAAAAGGCUGGAACCACUCGAAAUCUAAAGGCGAUUCCUUCACUGUUAAACCUGUAAGUACCCCUGACGCGCAAACCAUCCCUUUGAAUUCACUAAACAUUGAUUCAAAACUAAUUGAGGCGCUAAAAAAACGAAACAUUGAAACAGCCACUGAUUUUCAAGCCAACGCUUUCUCCUUAUUCGACAAGAACAAACAUUUGCUGCUUGCAGCCGAGACAGGGUCUGGUAAAACUAUUGCAUAUUUACUACCAAUAAUUUGUAAUUUAAUUACGAAUAAAACCCCAAAAUUGAACACACCUCAAGCUUUGAUUCUUGUCCCUAAUCGAGAAUUGGCGUAUCAGGUAGGCGAAGUGGCCGAGGCACUUGCUGAGUCACUCCUCAAUGUCAAAAUAAUAGUAGGGGGAAGGACUAAAAAAAUCAUGAUGAACCCCGAAUUUGGGGAAGUUGAUAUUUUGAUUGGCACACCUGGCGCGUUAGGGAAAUUGUGCACCGUAGGGGUGUACAAACUCGAAGAGGUACAAUUUUGUGUUUUGGACGAAGCUGAUACUCUAAUUGAUGAUAGUUUUGUUGAUCGAAUUGUGUCAAUAAUACGUCGAAUGCCUCUAGCCAAAACAAUACUUGUCUCAGCCACGAUGCCGAAAACCUUACCCGAAGCCUUAAAACCAAUCGAAUCAAAUAUGGAACAGCUAGUUUCGCCAAAAUUGCAUAAACCCCUCCUGAACAUUACGCAGAAGUUUAUGCGCAUUACACGAUCGCAAAAACCGUCGCAUUUAUUACAAAUCGCCAAAAGUAACAAACGCCCAAUGAUGAUUUUCACCAAUCGCAACGAGACGUGCAAUUGGUUGGCGAUGUUUUUGCGCGAAAAUGGUGUUUCCUGUGCAAAUAUCAACGGGGAUAUGAAUUAUGCAAUCAGAAUAGAACAAUGGAAUCGGUUUAUAAGAGGCGAGACUAUGAUUUUGUCUGCGACAGAUGUUGGGUCAAGAGGGUUGGAUACGACGCAAGUUGAGCAUGUGCUAAAUUACGAUUUUCCCUCGUAUGCUGCUGAUUAUUUGCAUAGGAUUGGACGAAUUGGAAGGUUGGGGAGUUCAAAGAUGUGUAAAGCAACGAAUUUUAUUUCGGGGCCUGAGGAAGUUCGAUUGGUGCAACAGAUUGAGUUGGCAAUUCGGAAAAAUCAACCUCUUCAAAAUGUCGAUGGAAACAUAACAAAUAUUGUACAAAAAAAGAUACAAAAAGGGAUGCGUCAAGCGAUGUAAAAACUGUUUUAUUCUAAAUAUAAGUUACCAAAGA